CUCUCCUUCCCCCACCUAACCCCUCAUAGUAGAUGCUACCGUGUUCUCCUGGUCUGGGACGGAAGAGGAGAGGAAUGACCAUCUCCAGCUACGCCCCUCCUCCGUCUCGAUGCACAAGAGCAGCAGCCGCGCUGCUGCUCCUCAUCUUGGCCACGGCGCUCCACCCCCAGCAGGUUAUUGCCGGGAAACCAAUGCCAAAACUCAAGAUGGAGUCGAUGAUCCUUCAGAACUCAAUCAUUGAAAAGAUUAAUGGAAAUCCUAUUGCUGGAUGGAAAGCUUCCACGAAUUCCCGUUUUUCCAACUAUACGGUUGGCCAGUUUAAGCAUAUUCUUGGAGUGAAACCAGCGCCUCGCAACGCCUGGGAAGAUAUUCCUGUAAAAACUCAUCAAAAAUCUGUGAAGCUCCCUAAGCAAUUUGAUGCAAGAACGGCGUGGCCUCAGUGCAGCACUAUUGGAAGAAUUCUUGAUCAGGGUCACUGUGGUUCAUGUUGGGCUUUUGGUGCCGUAGAAUCAUUGUCAGAUCGCUUCUGCGUUCAUUUUGGCAUGAAUGUUUCCCUAUCUGUGAAUGACCUCUUGGCAUGUUGUGGUUUUAUGUGUGGAGAUGGCUGUGAUGGAGGAUAUCCUAUAUAUGCCUGGCGCUACUUUGUCCAGAGUGGUGUUGUUACAGAAGAGUGUGACCCAUACUUCGAUGAUAUUGGAUGUGUUCAUCCGGGCUGUGAACCUCUUUAUCCAACACCAAAGUGCGAAAAGAAAUGCCAAGAUAAGAACCUCCUCUGGGGGGAGUCUAAGCAUUUCAGUGUCAAUGCUUACAGAAUAAGCUCUGAUCCACAUGAUAUCAUGGCAGAGGUCUACAAAAAUGGUCCCGUGGAAGUUGCUUUCACCGUUUAUGAGGAUUUUGCUCACUAUAAAUCCGGAGUCUACAAACACAUUACAGGCGAUGUAAUGGGUGGCCACGCCGUGAAGUUAAUCGGAUGGGGGACUAGCGAUGAUGGCGAAGAUUAUUGGCUUCUUGCGAAUCAGUGGAAUAGAGGCUGGGGUGAUGUUGGUUACUUCAAGAUUGCAAGGGGCAGGAAUGAAUGUGGAAUUGAAGAGGACGUGGUCGCUGGUCUGCCUUCAUCCAAGAACUUAAUCAGAAACUUCGCUGGUAUUGAUAUGGCUGCUGAUGCUACUGUCUGAAUUCACAUUGUUCCGUAUACAUAACCUAUUAUUAUAUUGUCAAGAUGUCAGAACUCAGAAAACUAGGGAUAUGCCUAUGUCCCUCUCGUUGUUUACAUGUUAAAAAUUGAUUGUGGUGUCACUAAAUGAUAUGCAGCAUUCUAGUACCACACCUAUUUAUUUUGAAAGUUA